GCUGCAGCCAAAAAAAAAAAGAAGCCCCAAGCCCGACAGCCUCCCCUUGAAAAACCAGUGAGAAAGCUUGGUUUUUCCCUUCUUUUCUUGUCCAAGAACAAGAUUUAGGAGCUUAGAAAUCCUCCCUAAAGCAAGGAAUUCCAGAUCUGCUCGGUUUCUCCCCCUCCCCUGUCCGUGAGCUGCAGCUGGUGAUGCGAAAUUCUGGGCUUUUUUCGAAAUUCCCCCUACACUGUCGUUGGCUUCCCCUCCAACUCCCGCCGGUUGCCAAGCUCGCUAGACCCGGUUUGCUGGCCGGAAAUUUGGGAAGCGAAACCAAGAACGGGGAAACCACGGGAAGUGACGAGUUAGAAGGCUAGCCAUUUCGAGAUUGAUAUAGAUUUUAGAAAUAAAUCAUGCUUUUGUAAAAUAGAUUUUACCUUGAGAUUUUGAGCCUAAGUCAUGUUGGACAUAGAAUUAUUUUGAAAUAUUGGAUUUAAGUUAUUGGAUUGUCAAAUGUGAAUUGAAUAAGUUCCGAGCCUUGUG